AAAAGUCAAAAUUAUCUGUCCGAUUCCAGCACGAGUUUCCAGUAGUACUACCUUAGUAUCUAUGCCCAGUGACUCACGUUGCGUAUCUGCAAGAGCCAGGGAUUCAAUUCGCUUUAAGAUCUUACGAUCCGCCUUUGUGACAUAGAAAUCGUUUGAUCUCUUCCAAGUCUCUUCAUCUCUUCAUCCCUCCAGCUCCCGCAGUCUGGUGCCGUCGACGCCCAAUCCAUCCUCCCCAUUUCCAUUUCCAGAACGACAUUCUUGGUUAUCCAGCAAUCUUCCCGAUUGCACCGCCGCAACCAUGUCUUCAGCCCGCGAUAUCACUCCCAGCGCCCCAAUUCCCCAGAGAACUGUAGUCUCUAGCUGGGGCCAGAACCUCUCAACUUCGCCCGUUGCCACCUUCCAGUCUCCUCCGGCCAGCCUUGGGGGGAUGCUACCUCGCAAGAGCGUACCGAAGAUUUUGAAGCCCUUCAACACCCAAGAUAUCAAGAUCCUGCUGUUGGAGAAUGUCAACCAGACCGGACGGGAUAUUCUCACAGGCCAAGGCUACCAAGUCGAAGCUCUGAAGACUUCCCUUCCCGAGGAUCAGCUCAUUGAGAAAAUCCGUGAGGUCCAUGUUAUCGGUAUCCGCUCCAAGACAAAGUUGAGCGAGAAGGUUUUGAGCGAGGCCAAGAACCUGCUCGUCAUCGGAUGCUUCUGUAUCGGAACCAACCAAGUCGACCUCACUUAUGCUGCUCGCCGUGGUAUUGCUGUUUUCAACUCCCCAUUCGCAAACUCUCGCAGUGUUGCGGAACUGGUCAUUGCCGAAAUCAUCACCCUGGCCCGACAGCUCGGCGAUCGAUCCAUUGAAAUGCACCGUGGCACAUGGAACAAAGUCAGCGCAAAGUGCUGGGAGAUUCGUGGAAAGACUCUGGGAAUUGUCGGCUAUGGACACAUCGGCUCUCAACUGUCCGUUCUUGCUGAGGCUAUGGGAAUGAAUGUCAUCUACUAUGACGUAGUGACUUUGAUGGCACUGGGAACCGCUCGCCAGGUCCCUUCAUUGGAGAAUCUCUUGGAGGAGGCCGACUUCGUUACUCUCCACGUACCGGAUCUCCCCGAAACAAGAAAUAUGAUUUCAACCGCCCAGUUGGACCGCAUGAAGUUGGGAUCUUAUCUAAUCAACGCCAGCCGUGGUACCGUUGUCGAUAUCCCUGCCUUGGUAAAGGCCAUGCGCUCAGGGCACAUCGCGGGUGCUGCUCUUGAUGUUUACCCCAACGAGCCAGCUGGCAACGGCGAUUACUUCACCAACAACUUGAACCAAUGGGCUGAGGAACUCCGCAGCUUGAGCAACCUCAUUCUCACUCCUCACAUUGGUGGAAGCACAGAAGAGGCACAGCGUGCCAUUGGUGUCGAGGUUGCUGAGGCAUUGGUCCGUUACAUCAACCAGGGUAUCACUCUGGGAAGUGUCAACCUUCCCGAAGCUCAGUUGAGAUCCCUUACUUUGGACGAGCCAGACCACGCCCGAGUUAUCUACAUCCAUCGCAAUGUUCCCGGUGUGCUCCGCAAAGUCAACGAGAUUCUCGGCGACCACAAUGUCGAUAAGCAGAUCAGCGACAGCAAGGGAGAUCUGGCCUAUCUGAUGGCCGAUAUCAGCAACGUGAAAUAUGAGGAGAUCAAGGAUAUCUAUGAGAGCCUAGAGGGCCUGAGCUCCUGCAUCGUGACAAGAGUCCUCUACUAGACGGGCUCCAUGCGGUGAGAGUAUAUACUUUCGAAUUCGAUUUUUUUUACUUGUUAUUGGGGCAUUAUUGGUAGGUAAAAAGUUUUAAAAACAUGGGCCUUCGCGCCUGGUAUAAAGAAAAUCAACAUCACAUGCGGGCAAUCGGAUAUAUUGCUUCAACAGCUGUGAACUACAUUUUGGAAAUAUGAUACUGGUGCCAUUCUGGUACGCAGACUUUAGCACAAAGUUAGACAAAUACAUAUUUAUAGUGCAAAUGAGUAUCUGCUUCACACCCUG